AUGCGGGGACCUGGGGACCUCUCUCUCCGUGACUUCCUUGACCUCCUCGACCUCCUGGAGCGGUCACUGCCUGAGCUAUCCGAGGAGUAUCUCCCUGAGGAGAAGCUACCCUCAUCAGAGUCAUCCGAGGACGAGGAUGAGGAUGAGGAUGGGGAUGAGGAGGGGGGUUUACGGUGCCCUGUGGCCUUAGGGGUCCUACAGGUGUUGGUGGGCGUGAACUGUCGCCACUGGAAGGGAACUGUUGACCUCAGGAUCGUGCUGGUGGGUACGACUGGAUCUGGAAAAAGUGCAACAGGAAACACCAUCUUGGGAAGAGAAGCGUUUGAAAGCAAUGCUCUACCCAGUCACGUGACUGACAUCUGUGAGAAACACUGUGGGGAAGUGGAGGGUAGAAACAUUGCAGUCAUUGACACACCAGGAAUCUAUGACAGGAACAAGACUGAUGACCAAAUGAGGAAACUGAUGGCCCAGUGCAUCAACCUGUCUCUCCCUGGACCCCAUGUGUUCCUGCUGGUGAUCAGACUGGGAGUGAGAUUCACAAGGCAAGAGGAGAAAGCCGUAAAUUGGAUCCAGGCCAACUUUGGAGAAGAUGCUUCACGGUGCACAAUUAUACUGUUCACUCAUGUAGAUCAGCUGAAAGGUAGAACUGUGGAGGACUACUUAAGGUAUCAGAGUCUAAAUAGAAUCUUUUGCAGUUGUGAAGGAAGGUAUCUGUCAUUCAACAAUGAUGAAAGGAGUAAUAGAGAACAGGUCAAACAUCUGUUUGAGAAGAUUGAAAGCAUGUUCAAAAUAAACAAAGGAGAGUUUUACACCAAUUACAUGUACAAAGAGGCACAGCGAAAAAUCACAGAAGAGGAAGAGAGAAAGAGACAGGAGGAGGAGAGGAAAAAAGAAGAGGAGAGAAGGAAACUGGAAGAAGAAUGGAGGCAGAGGGAAGAGACACGAAAAGAGAAAGAGAGAAAGAGGCAUGAAGAUGAGCGAAGAAGAGAAGAAGACAGGAGGAGACAAGAGGAGGAGAGAAAGAGACAGGAGGAGGAGAGGCAAAAAGAAGAUGAGAGAAGAAAACUGGAAGAAGAAUUGAGAAGACAAGAAGAAGAGAGAAAGAAACAAGAAGAGGAGAGAAGGAAACUGGAAGAAGAAUGGAGGCAAAGUGAAGAUAUACGAAAAGAGGAAGAGGGAAAGAGGCGAUCAGGUUUGCUGGGACCUGUUCAGCCCACCCCCACGGCGGGCAGCAAGCCGGUGUGGGGCUGGGAGUAA